UUUUUGAGAUUUACAAGAUACAUAAUACGUCAACGUGAAGGAAAUUUUGCAAUAACUCUAGCGGAGAAGAAGCGAUGGCCAUGGGAGACCAACUAUGCCUACUCCAUCAGUUCGUCAACAACUAACCAACUCCAUCACGCUCUCUGUAGCCACCCUCGCCGCAACCAUUCUCUUUGUUCUAUUUCAUUCCCCUCACUCAUCUUCUUCAACAACCCCACAUCCUAUGGCUGCUCGAACCUUCAUCCUCUGGCUUCAUGGAUUGGGAGAUUCGGGUCCUGCCAACGAACCAAUUAAGAGCCUCUUCACUUCCCCUGAGUUUAAACGCACUUCCUGGUCUUUCCCCUCUGCUCCUAACAACCCUGUCACCUGUAAUUAUGGUGCUGUAAUGCCUUCGUGGUUUGACAUUCAUGAGAUUCCAGUAACUGCUGAUUCUCCAAAGGCUGAAAGCUCUGUACUUGAAGCAGUACAAAGUGUACAUGCAAAGAUAGACAAAGUGGUAGAUGGUGGCAUAACUCCAAAUAACAUAUUUGUGUGUGGAUUCAGUCAAGGAGGUGCCUUGACAUUAGCCAGUGUUCUUCUAUAUCCAAAAACUCUAGGAGGAGGUGCAGUAUUUAGUGGAUGGGUUCCUUUCAACUCAACCAUUAUUGACCGAAUACAUCCAGAUGCAAAACGAACACCAAUUCUAUGGUCUCAUGGAAUCGACGACAGAACCGUAUUGUUUGAAGCUGGGCAAGCCGGGCCACCAUUCCUCGAAAAGGCAGGAUUAAGCUGUGAAUUCAAGGCUUAUCCCGGUCUUGGGCAUUCGAUAAGCAUGGAGGAGCUUAAACACCUUGAAUCAUGGAUCAAGAGCCGUCUACAAAGCUCUUCCUAAAUACUUUUGGUGGAUCACAGCCGUCGUUUCCUGAUGUGGGAAGAUCGUUAUUUUUAUUAACUUGGAUAAACUGAAUAAAUAUCAUUUUCUUGAACUACUUUAAAACGCGGUAUAAUAGAAAUUUGUUUGGAAAGGCGUCAAAGUAGAGUUACGAGCAAUAUCUUGGACCAAUCAAGUUGACUCAUAAGAAAGCAAAAAGAAUGAUGACUAUUCCACACAA